GUGAGCCGUUGCGGGUGUGCAGGGGGAGCAGAGGGUGGGAACCGGACCGAAGAGCCUCCUUCUGCCGCGCCUGGCACCCUCCAACCCCCUCUCGUCCCUCGCCACCUUCCUCGCCAACGUGUGUUCAAAGCCCCGCCCUCCCCCAUCCAUGCACACACAAACACACACACUCACUCAAAAGAAACUGCCACGGGGUCUUCCACCAGCUGCCCACCAGGGGAAGCUCUUUAAGACUGCUUCCCUGAGGGACUCCACAAAACCCCAAACAGAGCACAUUUUUGUUUUUAAGUAUUUUUUUUUUUUUCUUUUCUUUUUUUUCCCUCUUCGUCCCGUGAACGGAUGUGUGCGUUGGAGUGAGUGGCAGUCGACUGAAGAGUACAGAAGGGCAGGGAGGGGGUGCGGGCUAUUGUAGGUGUCCCACAGGGUCAGGUGGAGGAGGACUCAGCUGGCAACUGGCGCAGAUACUAUUUUUUUUUUUUUUUUUUUUUUUUUUUUUUUUUAAGAAACUUGGUAGCUUGGUUUUCUUACUUGAGUCAAUAUAUUUUCACUUAUUUAUUAUUGAAAUGAAUACCAUUACAAUUAAUGAAAAAGAAUCUUGUAAAUAUGUUGUGAAUAUAUAUAAAGAAGAUCCUUUCAUGCCAAUGCAGCCACUGGAGAACUUGCUCUGUGGAGUAAUAGAAGCAUUACUUUGGUAGAAUUGAAUAAAGUAGUAUGUUUUUCUGUUUUGUUGCUUUUUUUUUAUGAUCCCUGGUCACUUGUAUCUAAUGUGAUUCUAUACUCAGCAGUGGAUGAAUGUACUUAAAAACCUGUAAAUAAUUCUGCAAAGGUACUGAUGCUGUAAAGCUUAGGGAGGGGUUAAAAACAGUUUUUUGUGAAACUGUGACAUUUUUUGUAUUAUAAUACCUUGUAGAACUCAUUUUGCUGGCUGAAAGAGUAUGGAAUAAUAUAUCUCAUGUCAUUUUGUAGAAGAAAAAAAAAAAUAUUGAAGGUAUUCUCUUCCCUCCCCUCCCCCCUUCCCACACACGCCCUCCCCUCAACACGCGCACACACACAAGUAACAUAUAUCCACUGUAAGCGUUUUGUCAUUGUACGGGCACAGUGCGCGUACCGAAAUUUUUUUGUAUUUGUAAAUUGGUUUAAAUACAUGGAGUUUUUAUACAGGUUUUCUCCUGUGUUCUUUGCUUUACGUGCAGUGGUGAUCAGGACAGCCCAGGGGUGACAUGACUGGAGCUGGAAGUGGCGGCCAGGGCCCGCCUGAUGGGACGGACGCCGAGGAGGCGGAGAGGUGUCCUAUCUGCCUGGGCGUCCUGGCUGGAGGCGAGCUCGCCAUGCCCGACAGCUGCUGCCACGUCUUCUGCCUCAGAUGUCUCCUCACAUGGGCAGAGUUGCAGAUGGCCCCCUCCUGCCCGGUGGACAGAAGACCUUUCACUAAUGUUUACAGAUGGGACGGGAAUCUCAGCUGUGUGCAGGUUCCUGUGAGGAAACGAGCGACUCAACCUGAAGCCGAGAGUUGCUGCUGUAGAACCCCCGAACAAAAAGUCUGCCUAAAAAGUAAGCCUGCAAGAAGACUGAGACGGCAAAAGGUGGAGCGGAUGGCAGACGCAAAAACAAAAGGACUUGUGAGGAAAUGUAACGAUGAUGACCCCUCCUCACUGAGCCGAAAAAAGGUGAGAGGAACGGAGUGCUGUACGUGGUCACCGUCUCCCUGUGUCUCCUUAACGACUUCGACUCAGGACAUUGCAGAGCCUGUGUGGGUGACAGAGGACAUACCAUAUGACACCGGGUUCAAACAGUGCAAACCCCAGAUGCAAGACUGUCCGUGGCUCUCUCCCGCUGCUCCCAUCCCUGCUACCGGCACCUCAAGGCAGAAUUUCCAUCCCUCUGGUUGGAACCACAGCCCAUCUCCAGCUCUCUUUACCUCCACUUCACUGUUUGGCCCCGGUCAUUUCGUGUUUCAGGGCGUUGUCUGCGCCAUCACGUGUCCCAAAGGUGGAGAGAAGAGAGGCGGCCGAGCGUCCACCUCCAAAGCUCCCCCCAAAGAGGCCAAGUCUCUACCGUCCAGGCGAUCUGGACGCAACAAUAAAAGCCAGGAAGAGGUUCCCGCCUCCGACCCGUCGUCGCCGCCGCAGUCCAGCUCAUCGGACGGCGACUCGUCCGCCAAGCCAGGCCGGGCGUCACAGGCGCCGGCCAAGAGGAAGGGCAAACAGGUAACAAACCGAAAGGCCAGCGGAAAACGGAAAGCCACAACGAGGAGAAAAAAGUCCCCCGAAGUCGUAAGCAGCCCGGCAGCAAGCGAGGAGGAGGAGGAGGAGGAGGAGGAGGAGGGGGAGGGGGAGCGGGAGCGGGAAGAAGCGGAAGAGGGCGAUGGAUGCGACAACGUGACGACGAAGGUGGAGGAAGGGGACAGAUCUGAUCAGGAACACGAUUUGAAACCCUCAGAGCAGCAGCCGUCUGAUGCUGAAGGGAGCCUCGAUGAAGACCAGGACGGGUUCAACUCUGCCGAUGAGCCAGGAGGCGCCGAACCCUCGGGUAACGACGUGGGACAGGACAGCGACGAGACUCAGGAACAACUCGACCAACGCCAACCGAAACCAGGUAAGGGGGACGAUGACAUGUCUUGUCCCUCGGACUCGGCUCCUUACAGUCCCGGCUCGUGCUCUGAGGGAGACCAGAACAAGAGAGAGGAGGAGGAGGAAGAGGAGCCGGCAAGCCCCGUCUCCUCCUGCGGAGGAAAGGACUCUGAGGACAGGGCUUCGCCGUCGCCCUCGGACUCUGAGAACGCGCUGCAGGACCAUGCGACGUCUCCGCAACGGGACGAGCAGCCCGAGCGGGACGAGGACACGGAGCGUCGCGCGGGGUCCGAAGAAGCCAACAAUCAGGCAUCUCCACAGGAAGCGAUGGCCGAGUCGUGCGAGGACUCGCCACCACCAGCCUCCCCCUCCGCCGGAGAGUCGGAGGAUGACUCGGCCGUCCCAGACUCGAAACCCUCCGAGGACGCUGAUGUAGAACCUGCUGGAUCAGAAGGGCCUCCCGUAGCGGACCGCUCUGGGGAAGGAACCAAGGGGGACAGUCCAUCCAAGGAUGACACCAAGGUCGUCCCCAUGGACUGCAGUUCGCCCACGAGCGAGCACGGCAGCAGUCCCGUUUUGGAACUCCCGAAGGAGAGCGCCGUUCCCGCCGCUGCAGAACCUCCCGCCGCUGCAGGCCGAGUCGCCAAAGACGAAAGCUACAAGGAGCAACCGGAGAGAGAGAGGAGCCAAGAGAGGAAGAACGGCAGGCAGCGGCGCUCUCGCUUCCACUCCCCAACCUCCAAGUGGUCACCCAAGAGGGAGUCCAAGCGAGAACCAUCCGGGCGCUCUCGGUCCAGAGAACCGUCGAGGCGCUCUCGGUCCAGAGAACCAUCCGGGCGCUCUCGGUCCAGAGAACCGUCGAGGCGCUCUCGGUCCAGAGAACCGUCGAGGCGCUCCCGGUCCAGAGAACGGGACGGCAGCCCGCCCUCGAGCCGCUCGUCCCGUGCCCGCAGCAGAGAAAGAGACCGGGAACGGGACGGCGAGAGGGACCAUUCCAAGAGGGAACGUAGUCGCGAGAGGAGGCGAAGGCGAUCCAAGAGUCGCUCCAAGUCCAGGUCUCGGUCCAGAUCCCGGUCCAGGACGAGAGCCUACAGACGAGGGCCCAGCCCCGAUCGGCCCGCUUCCAGAGAGCAGUCUCCCCAGAGGAAGGAGCGACGGGGCGGCUGGAGGUCCGGGCAGGGCAGUGGGUCUGCUGGCGAGGGACCGAGGCAUCACGGAGGCGCUGGGCGCUUUGAAAACGGCGGGCCCACAGAAAGUUCCCCUGAACGCCAAGCCUGGUCAGAAAACCCCGACUGGGUUACCGAAAAGACUCGCGAGGUCGGCACCGGCUCGCGCUGGGAAGACCGCAACAGCGGCGGGAACAGAGGAGAGUCACGUGGCCGCGGGGGCCGCGGUGGGUUUGAACGCGGCCGGGGCGCAGGGCGGGGCGGCGGCGGCGGCAACCGUAGCUUUUUCAACCAGCAGGAGGAAACGGCCGACAGCCGCUGGCAGCCCCGAAACAACUUCUCAGGUACAGGCAACGUUUCAGGGAAUGACGCGUACAGCCGCUUCAACGAGAACCGCGGCGGUGGCCGGAGGAAAGAGUCGGACCCAGGAGACUACGACCGGUCAGGCUGGUCCUCGGCAUCCAGCUGGGCCGUCAGGAGGACGCUUCCCGCCGACGUGCAGGAUUAUUACUCCAAGAGGGAGAGAGGAGGACCAGGAGGCUGGAGCCGGCAAGAGGAGGAGCAGCCCGGGGCAGCAGCAGCUUCAGAUCCCCCUAAAAGUGAGCCUCCUCCCCAGGCGGUCCCAGGCAACGCUCCGGUGCCUGUGAUGAACGUGAUUCCCGCUCAGCUGAAUGUCCUUCACCAUCACUACCCCAUGCAGGGCCCGCGGGGGGCCCUGCCGGUCAGCCUGCAGCCUGCAGCGCCGUACGCCAUGCCCCCUCAGGUCCCUGUGCACCUCCACCCCGCCGUACCACUGCUCCAGGUCCCGGCUGUUGGUGCUCAGGGCCUCCCGCCCCCUCCCCCACCACCUCCACCCAUGCAUCAAGGAAGCCUGACCGCAGCAGCUCAGCCUGAUGGCUACACCACACAGAUGGCAAGUACAAUGAUGGCGUAUGGGAAACCUGGCCUUCUUCCCACCCCUACCAAAGCUGGUGUUGCCGUGGCGACCCAUGGCCAGUCGGCACCCAGCCAGGUGCUACCAUCCUCUACAACUCAACCCGGCCAGCAUUACAAGGCUCAAGCUGACAGCUCCAAAAAAGAAAAGAAACAACAGAUCCAAGAGAAAGCUGUAAACGAAGUGAAGAAUGCCAUCAAACCCUAUUACCAAAAGAAGGAAAUCACAAAGGACGAGUACAAGGAGAUUGUCCGCAAAGCGGUAGAAAAGGUGUGUCACAGCAAGAGUGGUGAGGUGAACUCCAGUAAGGUGGCCAACCUGGUGAAGGCCUACGUGGACAAAUACAAGCACGCCCGCAAGAAGUGAACCCCCCGCCCUGCUGAUGGCGCGGCAGCGCCCUCACAGACCCAUUCAGCUGCUUAAGUGCAAUUUCCUCUGGCUGGAAUUUGGCCUCCAAACUGAAAGACAACGGAGAGCCAACAUUAUUAUUAUUAUUUUUUUUUUUUUUUUAUAUCUCUACCUUUUAUUGAAUGAAGAUUUUUUUUCUAUAGAAUUUCAUAUUUUGUUAGAAAAAGAAUUGCCCAAUCAUAAAUUGUAAUGCAAGAGCCCUUUAUUUUGCAUAGAUCAUGUGACUUGGGAACUACUGUAGGGUGGGGGGUGGGGGGGGAAUGCAACGCUCAGCGAACAAUGUCAGUUUAUGUGGUGGAGAGCCUCUCCCAGGGUGCUGGUACGAUGAAUUUCUCCUAAAUGGCAUCCUGAUCGCAUAGCUUAUUAAUUAAAUAUUGUCAAUGUUCUUUUUUUUUUAUUAUAUAAUAUUUCAGAUGAAAGCCUAGUUUCAAAAACAGUGCAUUGCCUUUAUUAAUCUCUGUGGCCCAGUUAAGGGCUGGAAUCUGAUGAGUGUGAUUGUAAUUUGGGCCCUGAUUGGUUGAGGAGACUUUUAAGUGGGAUGGCCAAUCAGCAGCGAGUUUGUAAUGUAAGGCACAGGUCUCAGAGAGGCAGAUCAAAUGAAAUAAACCCCACCCCCUGCCUGAAUGUGUAUUCAAUGUCAAUGGGUGAACAGGAACUGUGCAAAGUAUCCAGAGAGUAGUGAAAUAAAUUAGCUGCUUCCUGAUCUGCUGUGUUUGUCAGGCUUCAGAUGAAAGAAGGAAACCUCUCCAUUAUAAGGUUUUAAAGAUGGAAGUGUUUCCUUCCUCGGAGUUUACAUUUUAAUUUCGUCUCCAUCUCGUUUCUGUAUUGUUUUUGCUCUGUACUUCCAAAAAAAAAAAAUCACCUUUAAAACAA